UUUUUGACAAAAAGAAUUGUUUGAAUAUUUGAAAAAUAUUUUGUUGCUGUUGGAGUUUUUGUGCAAAAAAAUGUCGUCUAAGUUAAAGCCGUGUCCUUAUUUGGAAAAAUGUUACCGCAAGAAUCCGAUCCACUUUGGAGAAUUUUCUCAUCCUCACUUGGAUAAUAUCUACAAGAUGGGAAUGGACCCCAAAACUAGUAAAUAUAAUAUACCUACGGAGUUGACUUCCAAUAGUGAUAUCAUUUUGCAGCAAAUUAAAUUGCUAGAAAAACUUUUUCCUAAAGAUGCAUCCAACCCCAGAAAGAAAGAAGAGAAUACUCAAGGUCCGUCAACCUCGCAAACAAACCAACAAUUAAAAGCAGACAAAAAUAAGCCAUGUGAUAAACGUUCCAAAUCACCACAGCCUACUUCGUCUACAGCGAGACAAGCAAGUGAUGAUUCAAAUUUGGCCAAGAAACAAAAAAUAACACGCAACAUUAAGGACUACAUACCCGUCGUGGUAGAGAAGGGACAAAUGGCAAACAAAUUGGAAGCGGCUGCUCCAUACAAUUUCUUCUUAACAGCCAUAACGGAUGCUAAGGCUACACAUAAUGAGCCACUGACAGUUACUAUGCAAGAAAUUUUAGAUGAAAGUUUGGGCAUUAUAGAAAGUUCUGUGCAAAUAAAUUUUAUGGUGGAUAUUGGAUGGCUUUUGGGUCAUUAUUAUUUUGCAGGCAUUUUGAAUACUCCACUUUUAGUUUUAUAUGGUGAUGACACACCUGAAUUACUAUCUAUAGAUAAGCAUAAGCCACAGGUAACUGCGAUUAAAAUUAAAAUGCCAACUCCCUUCGCUACUUCACAUUCCAAAGUUAUGUUAUUGGGUUACAAAGAUGGAUCCAUGAGGGUGGUUGUAUCGACUGCCAAUCUAUAUGAGGAUGAUUGGCAUAAUCGUACUCAAGGUAUAUGGAUAAGUCCACUCUGUUCGGCUAUGUCCGAAGAAGCAGAUACAGCAUCCGGUGAAAGUCCUACAAAUUUUCGACAAGAUUUAAUGCUUUAUUUGGUGGAGUAUAAAUGUGCCAAAUUGCAGCCUUGGAUUGCACGUAUUAGAAAGUGUGAUUUUAGUGCUAUAAAUGUUUUCUUUAUCGGUUCCGUACCCGGCGGACAUCGCGAAGGACCACGUGGACACCCCUGGGGACAUCCACGUGUUGCCAGCCUUCUGCAAAAACAUUGCGCGCCAGUAGAUGAAAAAAUUCCCGUUGUAUGUCAAAGUUCAAGUAUUGGUAGUUUGGGUGUCAAUGUUCAAGCAUGGAUACAACAUGAUUUUCUAAAUAGUUUACGUCGAGAUGGCAUGCCUUUGGGUAUACGACAAUUGCCACCAUUUAAAAUGAUUUACCCUAGUUAUAGCAAUGUCAGUCGUAGUCAUGAUGGCAUGUUGGGCGGUGGCUGUUUGCCCUAUAGUAAAAAUACCAACGAUAAACAACCUUGGCUUAAAACAUACCUACAACAGUGGAGUUCAAAACUGCGUCAUCGUUCUCGCGCUAUGCCACAUAUAAAAUCCUACACCAGAUAUAAUUUAGAAGACAGAUCUGUAUAUUGGUUCAUUUUAACAUCAGCCAAUCUGUCGAAGGCAGCUUGGGGUUGCUAUAAUAAAAAUGUCAAUAUAUCGCCUUGCUUACGUAUUGCUAAUUAUGAAGUGGGUGUUUUGUUUUUACCUAAGUUUGUGAUUGGCGAGGAUACAUUUCCUUUGGGCGCACCACGUGAUGGUAUACCACCAUUUCCUCUGCCAUAUGAUGUACCUUUAACACCAUACGGCACUGAUGAUAAACCAUUUCUUAUGGAUUAUCUGCAUAUGUAAUAUCAGUUUUCAUAGUUAUUUAUUGAAAGAUUCUCAGCAGAUCGUUAACCCUAACAGAUAAGAAUUUAUUAGUGUUUAUUAUAUACACAUUCAGACAUACAUAUAUGCUUAUAUUUUUACUUGUAAUGCUACUGGCGUUUGUUUCGUUAAAAAUUACUUUGCUUAUGCCAUUAUUAUUUGGAGUAUACAAUUAUUCGUUUCAAGUGAGUCGUUUAAAAAUUAUUUCAAAAGUAACUAUUUUUGUUUGUCUGUAGAAACUUUAUAUGUACACGCAGAAAUGGAUAUAUAUUUAAUGUUUUUUUUUAAUACAUUUAUUGUUUCUUUUAAUACUGAAAAAAUAUAUAAUUAUUUACAAUACAA